ACUGCUGUAGGCCUGUAGCUCACUGUGGUGCUCUUGCCACAAGGCUCUAACAUAUUUUGUUCGUCUCCAUAAUAAUCAAUCGCUUUCGCUAAUCGCAAUUAAUUUUCAUUCAUAAUUAUUGCCUCUGCGGCACAAGUACUCGAUUAUUGCCGCGGUUGUAUGUUGUUUUAUUUGUUUAUAUAAUUAUUGGUUGUACCUACCAUUGUUUUGUUUAAAAUAAAUAUAAUUUUAUCUACUUUGAUUGUCCAAAAUUUCAACAAUUGUGUGCCCGGCAGUGGCUGCUUGAUACAUUUUAAUUCGUUAAGCAUGUGUUCAUUGUGUUAGAAUAAUUUGAGUGGUGUCCGCUGGAAUUCGUGUCAUAAUAACAACGCCAUGUCCGAUUCCACUAAUUCGUCGUUUGGCUUCCUGUCCAACUGGAAAUUCAGCUUAGCCGUAUGCGUACCAUGUUUUGCAGUGGGGUUAGGCGCGACUUAUUAUUUUUACUCAAAAUCUAACAAUAAAGGACGGCGACCUAUUGAGCCAACAGCCAAGCAUUAUGACAUCCACGGAAAUAAUGUCACCCAAGACCUAGUCAAGACUAACGGAAUCGAUCCCAAUACAGUGAAAGUUCACAAACCGACGCCUACUGAGCAAGUUGAAGAAUUUAAAAAACAGGGAAAUGCAGAGUUCUCAAAACAAAAUUAUGAUGCAGCCAUUACAUUUUACACACAAGCCUUGUCAAUAUGUCCACUGUCUGAGAAAGGACUGUUGUCUACUGUGUAUCAAAACCGAGCCGCUGCCUAUAGUAAAUUGAACAACUAUGAGAAUUGUGUGGCUGACUGUGACAAAGCCUUAGCUUUAGUACCGUCUUACAAAAAAGCAUUAUCCCGAAGAGCUAGAGCUCUUACAGAAUUGGGAAAUUUUAAGCUUGCUCUAGAAGAUAUAACAGCUGUUGUAAUGUUGGACGAGUUUAAAAAUCAAACAGAUAUAAUAUUUGCGGAUAGUGUGAUUAAAAGUUUGGGCAAGCAAAACUUAGAAGAGUACACAAAACACAAUGUAUUCAAUUUGCCCACUAAAAUAUUUAUUGAAAAUUAUAUGAAGUCAUUCAGUGAAGAUCCUUUUAAUGAUGAAUUUCCUCAGACGUUAAUGAAAUCGGAAGUAAAUACUGGUUUGGAAUUGGCAUUAAAAUGUAUCAAAGAUAGAAACUAUGAACAAAUUGAGGAUGCUUGUAAAGAAGAAUUGAAUAAGACUGAUAAUAGUUUAAUUCGUCGAGCUUUGGCAUUAAAUCUGCUUGCUACUUUUUCAAUACUACGUGGUAACUAUGCAACUGGGAUCGAACAUCUCACUACUGUCAUAGAAUCAUCAGGAGUUCCAAACAAGUUGGUGAUUAAUUCCUUAAUCAAACGAUCGUCAGUUUACCACCAACAAGAACAAGUGGAAAAAUCUUUUGAAGAUUUAAAACGUGCAGAAAAUAUUGAUCCCAACAGCUCUGAAGUAUUUCACCAUCGAGCUCAAAUUUAUUUAUUAGAAAUGAAUAGCGAGAAAGCAGUUGAAGAAUUUAAACGGGCAGUGGAAUUGAAUCCUAAAUUUAUAUUAUCAAAUGUUCAAUGUUGUUACGCUCAAUAUCUUCAUGCAAAACACACAUCAAAUGAAUUGGACACUGAAAAAUUCCUAAACAAGUUAAAAGGAUUUGUUAUUAAAUACCCAGACUAUGCUGAAAGCUACACCCUAUAUGCACAGGCUUUGACAGAAAAAGGAGCAUAUGAAGAGGCAGAUAUGUUGUUCAAAAAGGUGUAUGAAAUUUAUCCAGAAAAUGCUACUUUAUUAGUACACAGAGCUUUGGUUGUAUUAUCAUGGAAAAGUUCCAUCAGCGAAGCAUUCACCUUCCUCCAACAGGCAAUAAAAGUUGACCCGAAAUGUGAUUAUGCUUAUGAAACAUUGGGAACACUGUAUAUUCAAACAGGAAAAUUAGAAGAAGCUGUUGAAUGUUUGGAAAAAGCUGUACCUUUGUCCAAGUCUGAAAAGGAACUAUUACACAUAUUUUCAUUGAGAGAUUCAGCAAGGGCACAGUUAGCAGUAGUUAAACGUUUGGGAUUAACGCCUCAACUUUAAUAAUUUUACCUUCACCUCUUUAUAAUCAUUAUUAAAUAAAAUAAAGAACUUUAGUUUUUUUUUAAUAAA